CGGCAAGUCGGCUUGAUGGAGUUAUAUCCCUUGGUGAGCAUGCGUGUUGACGGAAUUCUGUACUUUCCUUAUCAUAAUGUCGGACAUGAUAGUUUCAGUGUGAAGUCUGAUGGCAAUGGAUUGGUCUUAACUCAGCUUAUAAACAUGGCUAAAACAGCUCAGGAAAACUACUCCUUUGGUGACUUCAGUGGUUUACCUCCAGAUGAACAAGAUGUUGUCCAGCAUAUAUUGCAUGGUGCAAACUUGGAAUCUGGGCAGAAGAAAAUAGAAUUUCCAUGGGACAAAGAUGGAUCUCCUUUAGCUGAUGAUCUGAUUCCUUAUGAAGCUUACAAUGGUAAUCCACCUCCACCACCUCCUUCAGUUGUUCCUGUUGCAACUCUGUACCCACGCACAGGACCUGUUCCUCACAUCCCUGCUGGAGGUGCUAUUUUCCAGUCUCCACUAGUACCUUUGGUAUUUACACAACCAGUCAACAUUUCUCAGCCCCAAAUAAACAGACCCUCAGUGGUUGGGCCUCCUCCUGGUAUGAUUCCCAUCAAUUUGACCAUGGUAAAUCAUGACUUCAUACCCCCUCCUUCUGAUGCUUCACUAGAAGUGGUCAAUAAUGAUUCUGUAAUUCCACCAGUUUCCAACCAUGUAGAUACAGUUCAUGAAUACGACCAGUCUCAACCAAGCAUGCCAGUCGCUGGAAACUCCGUGACAAACACAUCAGUCAAAGAGAAUGGCAAACUCUAUGAGGGGAACAAUGUGCUUGAACCCAGCCUGUCUGGUUCAUUGAAAACUGAAGCAGAAGAGACGAAAUCUGGAGAUCUGAAAAACAUCAAGCAGUGUAACAAGAGAGUACAAGUGAAAAAUUGCGGAACUGAUAAAGUUGAUCCAACUAGUUUUAGCAUGAUUGACAAGAGUGGUCAGGCGAAGCCAGACUGUGAUAAUGUGCCUUCUGGAAAACUAGAAAAGUCAAUUGAAACUGAAACCCAGAUGUUGGAAACUAUUAGCUUUUUUGACUCUGAAAUCUCUGGGAAUGGUAUUCUUCCUAAUGAUAACUUACAGUUAAAGUUACACAAUGAUCAUUAUAUAAUAACAUUUCCUGACCAAAAGAGUAAUAGUAACCAAACUGGGGAGGAAUCUCCAUCUGAUACAAAUUCACUUAACAGUCAGGCUAAAGAUAAACCACUCCCAACAACUACACCUUCAGACAAUGAUAAUUUGCAGAGCCAACCUAGUGACCAAUCACCCAAGCCUAGUGACCAUGUUGACAGUGUUGUAAAUAGUUCUUUGGCAGAUGUGAAUGAAACAAAAUCUGAAAAUGCCGAACCUGUUGUUGAGAGUUCAGCAGUUGCUGGUGAGAAUGUACCAAAUAGCUUAGAAUCAGAGUCACAGACACCGACUGUAGAUGUGACAAAAGAUGCAGACAGUGUGACCUCAACAGAGAGUGUGGAGACAGUUAGCCAAGCUAAAGACAAAGAUAUUUCUCCUACUCCACAGCUUCCCAAGAUGAAGUCUUGGGCUGGUCUGUUCAGAAACACUGAGACUACAUCAAAGAGUAUUGUUGUGUACUCGGGAACAUCAGACAGGGACGAUGAGCUGACUGUUUCUAAACGGACAUCCUCUCCAGCAUCUGUGGACAGGGCUGCAACAGGUAAAGGUAUGACAUCAGCUACAGUGCCAAAACCAAGCCCGGAACGAGAAUUUGUAAAGGAAUCUACCCCUCAGCUGCCAACUCCUGUUGCUGUUGACGAGGACCUGAUGGCAAUGAAGAUUGGAGCUGCUUUGAAAGAUAUGAAUCUGAUCUACCGACCUGUGGCCCUGCAACCUCGGGCUCUCAACAACAAGGGCAACUGGUGUUAUAUCAAUGCUACCUUACAGGCUCUCUUAUCUUGUCCACCCUUUUACCAUCUAAUAAAAAAGUUGCCACUUGUAUCAAUUAAACAGCGUGGACCUAGCUCAACACCAGUUUUAGAUGCCAUGUUCCAGUUUAUGAAUGAGUUCAAUACUAUGCCUAAUUCAGCUUCUAAGAAACGCUCACCUUCUGCAGAAUUAAUCCCAGGACCCCCUUUUGAACCAUCAUGUGUGUAUAAUAUGCUGCACAUGAUAGAAUCUACCAUGUCUUUCAAGUUUGGGAAGCAAGAAGAUGCUGAGGAGUUUUUGAGUUUUGUGUUAAACAAACUUCAUGAAGAGAUGCUUGCUGUGGUAAAUGUUGCAAAUAACAAUCCUAAUCACUCAGAUGAGAAUCAUAAUUCAAAACACAAGGAAAAUGGUUUUCUUCCUGAUGAGAAUGCCAAUACAGAUGAUGACUGGGAGCAAGUUGGACCGAAAAACAAGACAGUUUACACACGAAGGGCCAAUUUUACCAGGAGUUGUGUUUCUGAUAUAUUUGCUGGUCAAAUGAGGUCUGCUGUGUAUCAGGUUGCCUCCAAAGAAUCUGCCACACUUCAGCCAUUCUUCACACUGCAGUUAGACAUACAGUCUGACAAAGUCUGGAAUGUGAAGGAUGCUCUUGAAGGCCUUGUAAGUAAAGAAGCAGUUCAUGGUUAUACAUGCUCAAAGACUAAUACAGAGGUGGAAAUAACCAAAAAAGUUACUCUUGAAGAACUACCACCAGUACUUAUUCUACAUUUCAAAUGUUUUAUCUAUGAUAAGAAUGGAGGGAUCCAGAAGGUCUUAAAGAAGAUUGAUUACCCAAUAGAACUAGAUAUUAGUAAAGAACUGUUGUCUCCAGUUCGCUCAAGAAUCCCGAUGGCUCAAAGAAGCUAUAAGCUUUCUGCUGUUAUAUUUCACCAUGGCAAGAAUGCAACAGGAGGACAUUACACCACCUGUGUUUAUCACUGUGGCAUCAACAACUGGAUCCUGUAUGAUGAUGGAGUCGUGAGACAAGUAUCGCCAACUCAUGUCCUGAAAUUCGUUCUAAACCGGAUUCCUUAUUUAUUGUUUUAUAGACGCUGCGAUCUCAGUUGACACUAAAGUUUUUCUUUUUUUGUUUCUGAACUCUGAGUUGGGAUACCUUACUUUCUUGUGACUCUCGCCCAAAUCAUGCCUACAGCCCCCACCUCAACGAACCAGCUAAUACCUUAGUAAUAAAACAAAAAGAAAAUAUGCUGUCAUAAGAUAAAACUGAAAUCAAAAGAAGCAUCAUUGUUAGAUGCUGGAGGCUGCUAUUUUUUUGUUUCUGUCUAAGUGAUCAUACUCAUUUCUCACAUCAUUUUAGAACGUGUAAAACUUUCAUACUAGCUAUUCUCUGGAACUGAUAUCUAUUUUGUAGCUAUAUUUUUUUUUAACCUCUUUAUUGUUGUUGGAGCCUCUGUAAAAUAUGUCCUGUUUACUGUCUGAUUUUUUUUACACAGAGGUCAUUGUCUUCUAAUCACACACACACACACUCACAUACACACUACUCAUUAGUAGUCACUUGCUGCUGACUGGUUGGCUGUAUAUGGAUAGUAUAUGCGUAAUUGUUUUAUACUUCAGGUUUUAUCGCUUACUUCGUUUGAGUUGAUGCUAGUUUAGUGAUAUCAUUUGUGGUGAGUGCUGAUGAGCAAGAAGAGGUGAGCACCUUGUAAACCAGGUCUCUGGUGCAGUAUUGGUUUUCAAUUCAGGCUAAUUGACUUACAUUGCUAAUACUCAUGAUAAAAGCCUGGACCUCCCAGUUUUCUCCCUCAAAAUACAUGCCUCUUUUGUAGGUUGUCAAUAAAAACCAAAAUUAAAAUGUACAUUUUUACAAAGUGCCUAAGUGUACCAGCUUUUGGUUUUACAUUCUUUGACACUAAAUGGCUACAUGUUUUGUUUAUCCUGGUAUAAAUAAAUCUAAUGCUUUUAUUUUCGUUCAAAACUUAAGGUUUUGAUAAAAACAAAAACAAACAAAACAUCACAAACGUUCUGCAAUAUUAAAACAUUUUUGUUUGUGGCCAGGUGAUAUAUCAUUCUGAAAUCCUUCAAAAGGGGCUUGAAUUUUAUUUUGUGAUGAUUGUUGCUACUAAAUAGUAAUAUUGUAAUUUUUUUUUUUAUGAUGUAAAUUGUAAUUAGAUUUCCAAAAUAGUUAUGAUUACAAAAAAAAUCAUAUUUUUUUUUUACCCUGAGUAGUGAAUUGUGGGAAAUAUUUGGCAAUUGUUUGGAUUGGUAUCGACUGCUGCACCCAUUGUUCCCUCACCACUCACCUGUAAAAGAAUAAUGCAGCAAGUGGGAGCCACAAUGAAUUGUCUUAGAUCUGUUCCUCUUCCCCCCUCCUUCUCAGUUCUCUCAUCAUGGUUACAUUUAUUAACUUCAUAAUAGUGUUAAUUCAUCAAGCAAUUUAAUCUGCUUGUAUGCCUCCUAUCUUUUACCUGCAUUUUUCAAUAUAUUUAUAUUAAAAAAAAAAGAAAAGACAAAAAAAGAAAAACAAAACUUAAACAACAAAUAACUCCUAAAAUACUAUACUUUUUCAAAUGACUGUGUGCUUCCUCUUGUAGAUGGGGAUUUUGUUUGUUUAAAUUGGAUGAGAGAGUGACUGAUGUUGUGAAACUAUGUAUUUAACCUGAGUGAGUAAUAUGUGACAAGUCUCAUUUAUAUUAACCAAAUGUUACAUACACUAAAAUCCUAAAACCUGUACAGGACUUUUUUUAGCUGCUUGAGAAUUUUUUUUCAAAUAGCUUACAACAGACUUUUAUCAAUCUUUCUAGUAAAUACCUAGAAGUGGUUUCUCUUUUCCCUAUUUUAUUUUUAAAGAAUAUAAAAUUUGACUUGCUCUGCUAGCUAUAUAUAUAUAUAUAUACAUAUAUAUAUAUAUAAUUGGUUGGUUAGUUUUGGUUAAUUUCUGCAAUCUAAUUUUAGAUAAUGGUAUGCAUUUUUUUUUUCUUUUUUUAAAAAUAAUUUCGCAAGAAAUUCCAUCCUGCCAUCCUAACAAAUUGUAAUAUUUCACUUUUUUUUUUUGAUAAGGGUAAAAACAAAACAAAAUUCAUAUAUUCAUUCAAUUCACCUGAUUUGACCUGGUCUUUCCCCUCCUACCCUCAUAUGAUGGCUGACUCAACUGAGAAGGCAUAACUCUAAACAUGCUGUAUAUAGCUCCUUAUCUGGUGAUUAACUUACUGAGCCAGUGCCUAGCUAAUGCUCAAAACUCUGGCUCAGCAAUCCUUCUUUGCAUUGGCUGUGGUUUAUUUGAAUUUUCCAUUCCUUCAUUAUAAUUGUAUUUGUAUAUUAUUAUUAUUAUUAUUAUUAUUAUUAUUAUUAUUAUGGCAGUUAGCUGGCAGAAUCAGUGUGUUGGGAAAAAAAAUUAGCACAGACAUGCUGCAUUCUGAGUUCAAAUUCUGCCAACAUUAACUUUACCUUUCAUCCUUUUGGAUCAAUAAAAUAAGUACCAGCUGAGCAGUGGGGUCGAUAUAAUUGACUAACCCCCUCCCCCUAAAAUUGCUGGCCUUGUGCCAAAUUUUGAAACCAUUAUUACUAUGACUACAUCAACUAGAGGUGGUGAAUUGGCAGAAUUGUUAGAGCGUCAGACAAAAAGGUAUGAUAGCAUCACUUCCUGCUCAUAACGUUCCAAGUUCAAAUCCUGCCAAGGUCAGUUUCACUUUUCAUCCCUCUAGGGUCGAUAAAAUAAAGUACCAGUUGAGUAUUGGGGUCGAUUUAAUUGACUAACCCCUCCCCCGAAAUUGCUGGCUUUGUGCCUAAAUUAGAAACAGUUAAUUAUUAUCCUUGAUAUUUCAUUAUUUUUCAUGAGAUGACAAAAUAUACAUAUAUAUAUAACAAAUAAAAAAAGAUUUUUUUUAAAUAUUCGAAAGUUUGAAAUAAUCAAAAUAACUCCCCUGUUCCCCCAACAUGUGGUUACUUAUGAAGAUAUAUCUAAUUGAAAAUUGAUGUGCCAAUAUUUUAUUCAAUAUUUAUUUUGCUUUUCUUCUGAGUUUGUUUUCCAUUUAUUAUUAUUUAAAACUUGCUUAUUUCUCUCUCUCCCUCUGUUUUUUUUUUAAAAAAAAACUAUUGUUUGCCAAGUAUAUAUCUAGUGAUUUUCUUUUCUCUUAAUAAUGCUUGUUUUUAUUUUUGUUUGUGUUUAUAUUUCUAUUCCCCCCCUCUUCCCCACUUCCUCUCCAGUCCUUUCUUCUUGGAGAACAGACUUAGAAUAUCUCUCCCUGUCCAGAGACUGAGAAUGAAUUCCUCUUGAUAAACAUUUGUUUAUAAACAAUAAAGAAAUUUAUUCAGAAAAUA